ACCAGUGGAAAAUCAGACAAUUUAUUUCGUAGGACAGUCCAGGCAAUAAACCCAAUGUGGUCGGGGAGUAAAUGGAUACUACAAUCGCUCAGGGACUGGCUAAGAAAAACAUCAUCGCAAUCAAAAUAGCCAGCACAAUAAAAUGUAAAAGUAUGUGCUAAUGCACGUAAGAUCUUGUAGUGAGGCAAAUUGUGUGUUCAGUCCCCCCUUGUGAGGGGAGUGGAAACAACAAAAGGCACCCCCUGCAGUAGUAGAGAUCUAAUAUUGGCACCCAUAAGCAGCUGGCAGGCCGCCUUCUGUAAUUUUAGCGCACACGGAUGCGGAGGAAAGGUUUAAUGGGCAUUGGUGGACAUGCCCCCCUCGCGAGGACGUAAAGACAGCACAGCAAAGCAGAGAGGAGAGGAGAGGAGAGGGAGAAUGGGGAGGUGAAACGCAGACAAGAAGGCAGAGAGGAACACAGGGCUGCUUUCACUUUCCCCCCCCCGGAUAAAGUCGGGCAACUAUGGGCAGCAUCAUGACUCCUCGAGCACAUGGACUUUAUUUGACUCUGUGUUUUUACUAUGGCAUGGCCCAUUCAUCUUUCCCGGACAGCUUUAAUUCAUUCCCGGCAGCUCUCGCUCCCCAGGAGCAGCAGAGGAGGUUGAACCCAUGCUGUUUAGUGAGUCUGCCACCACCCCCGCUUCUCCCUCCACCCCCUUCACUUUGGCGCCGCCACAAUCAUGGAGGUGAUUCAGAGUCUCCAUCUGAAGGUAAAGGUUCCUCCUGUGCCCGUGGCCCCCCUGGACCCUCUGGUCCCCCUGGACCUCAGGGUCCACCUGGAUUACCAGGUAUCGGAGGAUCCAAAGGAGAAAAGGGAGAAAUCGGAAGACCUGGACAAAAGGGUCGGACCGGUCCCCCUGGACUUCCCGGAAAGCUGGGACCAGUUGGAUGGCCGGGACCAAGUGGGCCCAAAGGCGAGAAAGGUGAUCCGGGCCUAAUGGGUAUACCUGGCGGGAGAGGACCAAUCGGACCCAGGGGUUUACCUGGGUAUAAAGGUGAAAAGGGUUCACCAGGGCAACAUGGUGAGAGUGGCUCCAAAGGUGACAAAGGGGCAAUGGGAUACACCGGAAUGCUGGGACAGAAAGGUGAAAAGGGUCCAAAAGGAGAACCUGGCGCUUCGGGAAACAGAGGACCCACUGGUCGGCCAGGAAAAAGAGGCAAACAGGGAGUAAAAGGAGACUCAGGCAGUGGUGGUCCAAGGGGACCCCCAGGCCCACAGGGAUCUCCCGGACUUCCCGGUCCUCCCGGUCCUCCUGUCACAGGGCUUCACUUGGUUGGAAGCAAAGGUGCCCGCGGGCCACCCGGGCAGCCUGGACAAUGUGGCUGCAGCUCUCUCAGUGGCUCUCUAUUAGAAGAUUAUCACUCCAGAGGAAAGCCUCAGAAUCUCAAAGUACCUGCGAUCUUUGUGGUGAGCAACGAGGAAGAACUGGAACGUCUUCAGACAGAGAACGCUUUUGCAUUCCGCAAAGAUCAGCGGUCUCUCUAUUUCAAAGACACCGACGGCUGGUUUCCAGUUCAGACUUUCCCAUUCCAGAUGGCAGCGUUCCAAUCUAUGGAGAACCCGCCCGAUGACGACGGUUACUGCGGCGACGGCAUCGUGCAGCACCGAGGUGGCGAGGAAUGUGACGACGGGAAUAAAUUUGUCACUGACGCCUGCGUCAAGUGUAAACACGCUUUCUGCGGCGAUGGAUAUCGCCAUGAGGGCUCUGAGGAAUGCGACAGGAAAGACUUUGGCUACCAGACAUGUCACUCAUAUCUGCCCGGGUCAUACGGUCACCUGAAGUGCACGUCGUACUGCGCUAUCGAUUCCACAAACUGCAAAUACUUCACCUGAGUGGAACGCUCCACAUUUGCAUCCGGAUCCUUUUACGUGGGACACAAACAGGGAAUAUACUUUUCAUGCCAAACAAAAAGAACCAAGACAUGGAAGACGCAGCAGAUGACCCGAAGCAUAUAGAUAAUAUCCCGUGUACUGCUGCCGCAUUGAAUCCCUCGGAGCGUCGCUUCAUAUGCGGAGGGGAAACUUUUCACCCACACGUCGGAAACAGCAAGACAGCUGCGCUCCGUCUUAACUCGCCGGAUUUAAACCCCGGCAUCCUCAUCACGCCUCCAUGGACACGACUCCAGCAAGAUGCACGCCAGCCGUGCUGAGAGACUUUGACAGGGGCAUCAUAAUCUUCACCCUGUUAGUAUCGAAAAGGAAAAAAAAAAAAACACACACAAAAGAGAGUAAGUAGGAGCUCCAGAACCGGGCCGAGGCCUCGGGUAUCGUGCCAGUGCAGCAGCAUUUGCAUGAGGCUGGCCCAUCAUCAAGCAUGUAAUCACUCCACCUCUUACUGGUUUUAACUCUUAAGCUCACAUCAACAUAAGCAGGGACGUAAGGUUCAAUUAAUAUUCCAACGAGACUGUUACACACCGCACCGGCGACACAGGUGGUGCUUCUCUACUCAACACACACAUUUGGUCACAUAUCCAAGAACAACGCUCAGGUACAAGCAGGUCGUGUAAACUCUCACAAGUAUCCAUUUUGGUUUGUUAGAGGCACACAGGAAACUCAGCCAAAAAAUAUAUAUAUAACAUCCAUGUAUUUUAACAUGCUCAUCAGAAAAUGUAUUGAAAAUGACCCAAGACAUAUUUUACAGUAAAAAAUAUAUAUAUUCAUGACACCACCACCAAACAAAAAUAUUGCAAAAAAACUCUGAAAUAAUAAUGAGCUUAUUUAAAGUUAGCCACAAAUUGACUUGCUCAAAUAUAAAAUCUGGUUUUGUUGAACACAUAGUUAUUAUUCUAUUGGCACACAAGUUAAUUGUAUUUUCAGCAAUCAAGUCGAAUGUUUAUUUGUUCGGUCUAUCACUGACAAAUAUAUGAACAAAGAUACAUUGCUUAUUGAAAUUAAUAAGAUAUUUUAUUGGAAAAAAAUAAACAUUUUCCAACAGCACACCUAAUGUAUGCACAUCACCAGGAGGAAAUUAAUUUCAUUUGCAAUUUAACAAAAAAGAAUACUGUCAUAUUUGUCAAAGCAGUCAGUUUGACUCCAGGAUUAAAAUAAUUUGCCCCCCCAAAAAAAACAUCCUUUGAGGCACCGUCCCGUGCCUUUAAUUUAAUUUGCAAGAUUCCACCACACACGAGGAAAUCAAAAGAAAAGGCGUGACAGAGGUGUCAAUUAUUUGUCAUUACUAUAUGUCCUUGAGCACAUUCUUCGCGGGCACACCCCACCAGUUAAAACUUCAUACCAGAAAUGUUAAUUGUUUCACUUUAUUGCGAGUAAGGUGCUUACCUGGGCCAACAAGGUCACAGGUUCACGCAAGUCCACGGGGCUGUCUUUGAUUGGUUGUUUUUCCUCUGGCGCGGUUGUUUCAUGCCAAUCAAAUGAAUGACAUGUUUCCCACAGAUCAUUUCCUCCUGUCACGUCAUACUACCAGUUUUAACAAAAAAAAAAACGAUGAAACUUAAUCAAACCUCCUUUUGAAGACAUUGUAAAAGAAAAAAAAAGAUGUUUAACCAAAAAACAACAACCUGUGAUAUAGUGAGCGAUUACUGUACGUACUAUACUUCUCUAUGUGAAGGCUUGAAACUGUUAUGUCCUUAAACUCAGCGUACAGGCGAGGCUGGAAUAGUCCGUAGCUGCUAAAUAGGCAAUGAAACUGUUCUAUGGUUCCUUACUGUAUUUACUCUAUUACCUCGUUAUCCAGUCUUUGUGUCUUACAGUCACGCGAGCGUGUGUAGACCUAAAGAAAGGAAUUAGUGGGCAUAAGCUUCCUCUGUUCAUAAGCUACCCCUUUACCAAAGGAGACAUCUCCUCACUCCUUGUAAAACAUACAAACAAGACUGUUACAAUGUUGUGUCUGCACGUGCUCAUGUGAUCAUUACAGGUAUAACUUUCAUCGGCGUAGCAAGUGUCUUAAGAGUAUGGUAGUCAUGUGACACAAUGUAUUAAGUUUCAACGACACUGUGCUCUGAAUGUUCCCUGCCCGUGGCUAAUUGUUAGCUUUGUCCCAUAAUGUAAUGUGCACAACACAACAAGCAUGUAAGGCUUUAUUAUGAAGUGUAGAAUGCGCUCUGACUGGGAUAGUGAACAAGUAUGUGUUGUCACUCUGAUAUGAUUUAUACGGAUGUUCAGAAAAUAUAAUAAAAGUGAAACUUCAAAAAUA